AUGAAGUCCUCGAGUCCACAGGGAAGAUUACCGGAAGGGACCUAUUUGGAAGACUUGGAAAAAGGAAAGGAAAAGGAAUAACGAGGAACCAUGGCAGCUGUGAUUGCUUCUUGCGGUACUUUAGGGAAGAAGUUGACACAUUGGAUAACGGCUACUGUCUGCCUCCCAAAUCCCGGAACUCGCGCGGUGCUGUGGAGAAGAGGUUGUUCACAAUAUAAACAGGGAACCAGCAAUGAGGACCUGCCUGUUCCAAUGGAAAAUCCUUAUAAGGAGCCUCUUAAGAAAUGUAUCUUGUGUGAGAAACGUGUAGAUUAUAAAAAUGUACAGCUUCUGUCCCAAUUUAUUUCUCCAUUUACUGGAUGCAUUUAUGGAAGACAUAUAACAGGUCUUUGUGGGAAGAAACAGAAAGAAAUUACAAAAGCUAUUAAGAGAGCUCAAAUAAUGGAACUUUAAUAUCUCUUUACAGGGUUUAUGCCAGUUACAUACAAGGAUCCUGCAUAUCUCAAAGACCCUAAAGUUUGUAACAUCAAAUAUCGGGAAUAAAUGAUAUAACGUUAUUAACAAUAAACUUAUUUUAUAAUAAAUUGACCUCUAUUGACUCAAACUAACCUUUGCGAAGAAAAGUGUUUCAAGAGAUCAGGAGUUGAAGCAUCUCCUUUAUAUGACUAUUCACAGAAUAGGUUGCUUACUUAAAAUGUUAAUACUCAUUAAAUUAAAUGGUACGUACCUUGAAUAAAA